UAACCCGAGUUACUUACUGAAUAGUUACCAUCACGGAGAGCCACUCUUAGAGUUCUCAGAUAAAAUUAGCCCUCUUCAUACUUGUUAAGUCCUUGAAGCCUUGAUAGUUCUUACUCUAACAUGAAAUUCGGGUAAGCACGGGAUGACGGAAUGAAGAGGCAUUGGCGUGACACUAACAGACCCCGUGGGUUGAUCUGACUCUUUGACAGCCGAAAGUUAAGACGCAAAUACAUUCCGUGGUGUGUUGUUUGCUUCUCGGUGAUCUGCAUAUCAAGGCAUAUCUGCCACAUCUUUAGAGAUUUAUUUUUAUUAUGAUGAAUGUGUGUAUGUCUGUCUCUGGGUAUGCAUGUGUGAGUGCAGGUACCGGAGGAGACCAGAUGAGUCAGUUUCCCAGAGCUGCACCUGUGAGGCUGCUGGGAACUGAAGUCCAGGCUUCUGCAAAAGCAGCAAAUGCCUCUCCAGCCCCCAAAUUUCCCUUUUCAGUUGAAUGCUGUUGUGGGGAUCCCAUUUAUAAAGGUAUUUGUUGGACAUGGUAGAAAGGUGAAAUUGGACUUUGAGGAAGACUGUGCUCUGCUGGAAAAAUUAAAGGGAGAAGGAUUGGCUUAUUGUUUCUCUGAGUUUGUAGAAAGUAUUAACCCCAUUCCUAACAUUAGAGACAGAUUCCAGGGUCAAGGGCAGAGUGAGCAUUUAGCUUGGAAAAUUCUGCAGUCUCAAGGCAGCUUUCUCUCCCUGUGUACUCACUCCUCUUGUGAGUAACAGCACUUUUUAAUUUGUGUCUGGGAAAAAAUUCAAACCCGAAUGACAUUUGCAAGAAUAGGUGAGCUGACCUGUGGCAAGCCUGUAAUUCCUGAAUUGGGAAACAGGAUUGCCAAAGCCCUUGAAGCCAGCCUCAACUACCCAGCGAAUUCCAGGCCAGCCAGAGAUACAUAACAUAGUAAGGCUCUGAAAACAACAACAAAAAACGAAAGGUCACUGAACACCUAGAUACUCUCUGACUAGAGUACCCAGAUGUUAACAUUUUGUCACAUUGACUCAUCUCUUCUGUCAUUAAUUUUAAAGCUGGUAAGUAGAUUGCAGACAUCAUUCUACUCCAAACACAUUAGCAUACAUUUACCAAAAUCAAAGACAUAUUCCUACCUACUUAAAGGGCAGAAUAAAAUUCAAGAGCCAAACAUAUAUAACAUAUAGUUAUAUCUCUAAUAUAUAGCCAAUAUUAAAAGCUUUUAGAUUGCCAAUUUUUUUUCUUUUUGAGCUGAGGACCGAACCCAGGGCUUUGCGUUUGCUAGGCAAGCGCUCUACCACUGAGCUAAAUCCCCAACCCCGCCAAUUUUUUUUUGUAAUGACUCCCAACACCCCAAAGACAAGAGCAUUCAUGACUUUUAGGUACACGUUUCUUUGCCCUUGAAAACUCACCUUUGCCCUGAAGUAGAGGGUGGUCUUUGGAUUCUUCUGUGUGUUCUCUGUUGAAGAACAAAAAGACAUUAGGAAUGUCCAAUAGGUCAUUGGAUAAAACAAACUGCACAGAAAAAAAAACUUGUUUUGAAGUUUUAAAACUUUGGCUGGGUUUUGGUGCCUUGAUUCAGCAAAGUCAACAAUGCAGCAGGGCUGUGUGAGCAUUAGAUGGGCAAUAAAGCCUUCCUUUAUUUCAUAAUCCCAAUUGUUUAUCUAGCAAACACCGAUAGACUGUAAACGACUGACUCAAAUUUUGGAUUCAGUUCUCACUACUAAGCAAAUUGAUUUGAAACCAGCCUGGUAUAAAUGUCCCUGUGCCUGUAGCCCCGGAAGCUGCUCUGGAUUUCUUUCAGUUGUGCGGAAUCAACCUCUGCACUUAGAAUGUCUCAAACAGGAGCCAAGAUUAGUUUCUAUGAAGACAAAAAUUUUCAAGGCCGCCGCUAUGACUGCGACUGUGACUGUGCCGACUUCUACUCGUACUUAAGUCGCUGCAACUCCAUCAGAGUAGAAGGAGGCACCUGGGCUGUGUACGAAAGGCCCAACUUCGCGGGACACAUGUACAUCUUACCUCAGGGCGAGUACCCUGAGUACCAGCGUUGGAUGGGCCUCAAUGACCGCCUGGGCUCUUGCAGGGCUGUUCAUCUGUCUAGUGGAGGCCAGUAUAAGAUCCAGAUCUUCGAGAAGGGUGAUUUUAAUGGCCAGAUGUAUGAAACCACAGAAGACUGCCCUUCCACCAUGGAGCAGUUCCACAUGCGAGAGAUCCACUCCUGUAAGGUACUAGACGGCACCUGGGUUUUCUACGAGCUGCCCAACUACCGCGGCAGGCAGUAUCUUCUGGACAAGAAGGAGUACCGAAAGCCCAUCGACUGGGGCGCAACGUCCCCCGCGGUCCAGUCACUGCGCCGCAUCGUAGAGUGACGGCGUGAACGGGCCAUAGAGUUCUCCCUGAGGGCUGAAUGCUGGCCGGCUUGUGCUCCACAUAGCAUCAUAAAUAAAAGAAUUGGCAUGCAUCCCA